AUGGUAAAGCCAUCAAAUUGGGUCAUGAAAGUAAAAAAAGCCUCCCACAGUCUACCACAGGCCAACCUCCUUGGCGACCUUAUAGAGCCCAGGUUAGGGUCAGGCAAUCUCCACCAUAACUUGUUAGACCUUGAGAAUUCUUUCUCAUUCUCCAAUGAAAGUUCUCCAUAUGAGUCGGAGCUGCACAGCUUUCUAGAUGUCCUGAGCUCAGAAUUAACACCUGUGCUUCCUGACUUUCACAACAACAGAGUCGAACAUGAAGAUUUUCUUGGGUUCAAUGAAUCAGGAACGAUAGAUAACAAGCUCUUGGAAGAUUGGACUGGGAUAGUCCAACAAUCCAACCUAAUUGAUUCGGCAUUAACUUUAGAAAAUUCCAUGAGCUUCUAUCAAGAUGAUGAAAAUGAUGUCAUUGAUGUCGUGACUGUUGAAGAAACUGUCAAUCAAGAAGAAGCCGGCCUACCACCAUUUGAUCCUCAACCUCCUAAUCAACAUCCUCCUUCUCUUCCUCAUCAUCAUGAAGAUCCAGGACUACAGGAAGAGGAAUCAUAUGAUUAUGGCGAUGUACAUAAUUUUCCUAUACCAUCUCCUCUAUCUACUGAGAUGAAUCAGGCCAUUCAAGAUGAAGGCAAUCAUUAUGGUUACUACAAUAAUGAUGCUGAUGAUGUAGUAGUGGAGGAAGAAGAGGAUGUUGAGGAUUUUUAUCCUCCAUUUGAUGAGGUCAGGUCAGAGGUUAUUCAAAAUUCAAAAGUGAAAAGUAAGAAAAGAAACUUUCCCCAAUCUCAUGUUGGACCUCUCUCUGAUGAUGACAGUGAUGAAGAUGGCGAUAAUGAUGAUGAUGAUGAAAAUGAUGAUGAAGACGACGACGACUACAAACACAACUCAAGUUAUACUAAGAAGAAGAGGAGAAGAAAAUUCCUGAAAAGGACAACUUCCAAGAAAGGAAAAAAGAAUAUUAAAAGACAUUCGGACCUAGAUGACUAUGGUGAUGACAAUAACAACAGUAGCGGUAGUGGCGGUAGCUACAUGUCAAAACGCAAGAGAGAGCAGAACAAAAGGGCUGCCACAAAGUAUAGAAACAAGAAAAAAAUGGAAGAACUAGAGAAUGUGGAAAGAUUAGAGAAAUUGUUAGAUAGAAAUAGAGAGCUGAAAGAUAUUGUGAAGAGUAGAGAGCAUGAAGUUAAUGUCAUGAAGCGUCUAUUGAUGGACGUUUUAAAUAAGAAAAAAUGA